CUUAAAACAUAUCGAUACACAACUUCUUUCGGUAAUUAACAAUUUCUUUGUUUAUGUUUUUUACUAAAGGUUAAAAAUCAUGUUGAAACCGAAAGCACUGACUCAAGUACUUAGCCAAGCCAAUACUGGAGGUGUCGAGAACACUCUUCUUCUCAGUCAGGAAGGAGAUCUUCUAGCCUAUUCCGGAUAUGGUGAUAAGGAUUCGCGUAUUACAGCUGCCAUAGCAAGUAAUAGUUGGGCUGCGUAUGAGAAGCAUGGCCGUAGUGCCUUUCGUGAGGAUCGGUUAAACUUUGUCCUUAUUGAUUGCGAAUGUGGUCAUGUAGCCAUUACGCAGGUGGCCAGUGUCUUGCUGUGUCUCUCUGCCAAGGAGCAUGUGGGGUUAGGCAUGCUCAAACAGAAGGCAAUGUCCCUGGCCGCGUACUUGGAGAGGCCUUUAAAGCAAAUUUCCGCCUCCUAAUUUGAAAAAUGAACUAGAUAUAAGUCUAUUACCAUAUUAAAUAAACAAUACUGAAGUUGCCAUUAUUAUACACAUGUA